AUGUUGCUCAAGGACCUCAUCUGCCGUUGGAGCCUUUCGCCCGAUAUCUCAGUUCACGUUGCUGUAGCUGGAUCUGCGCAAGGGCUUGGACGCAAGGAUUUUGCACGACUUUUGCCCUCGGAAGGGUGCCAUGUAGGCGUUUACGAUCUGCGACUCACGCAUGUACCACUCAGGAGAACAGCAUUGGAGUCAGCCAGGCUUGCUGCCGACGUCUCUGUCAACACCUUCCAUCUUAUCAACUCACUCGGGCCGAGGGUCAUCUUUUACCUGAACGAGCCAGACUCAGUGUUCACAGAGGGUUUGGCGACUGCGCAGGCGCGUGCAAAAGUCCCAGCUAUCGCUUUGAUGCCUGAAGAUAUAGAGCAUGUCGGGUGGCUGCCUGAUCUUCCCAUCCAGGCGCUUGAGAACUGGAAUACCCCCGAGGUCAAGUUGGUUGUCAUCACGAACAAUCGCCCUGGGUCAUGCAUUCGUCUUCUUCGCUCACUGUCGCAUGCCCACUACCUGAAUGACAGGGUAUCUCUGACCCUCAACAUGGAUGCAGAGGCAGACCGCGUGACACUUCAGAUGGCUGGCUCCUUCCAGUGGGAUUUUGGCGAAAAGUUCAUGCGCCACCGGGUUCGACGAGGAGGACUCAUGUUGGCUGUUGUCGAGGCGUGGUACCCUCAAGGAAACGAUGAGUACGCCGUGCUAUUAGAGGAUGAUGUGGAAGUGUCUCCAUUGUUUUAUGUUUGGAUCAAGUACAACAUCCUCAAGUACCGCUACUCGCCUGACAACUAUUUAUACCAACGCAUGUUCGGCGUCAGCAUGUACUCUCAAAAAUUCGUGGAGACCCAUCUCGCAGGACGCGCACCCUUCAACCCAGAGGACAUAUUCAUCGAGACGCCCGAGUAUGAGCUCAGAACACCAUUUUUAUUGCAGCUUCCUUGUAGUUGGGGAGCAGUUUACUUCCCAGAGCACUGGCGGGAGUUCCAUGAGUAUGUCGCGGAUCGCUUGCUGGAUAUUGAGUGGAACAAGACCAGUCUCCAGUCUGUACAGAUCCCCAACUCCAGGACGAACCGGUGGUCGAACUCGUGGAAGAAACUGUUCAUCGAGAUGAUUUACAUGCGCGGCUAUGUAAUGUUGUAUCCCAAUUUUUUCAACUUCACAUCAUUCUCAACCAACCACCUGGAGUGGGGCACCCAUACCAAGCAGCAGAGAAAUAGUGCAGGCACGUUUUUGGUCCCAUUGAUGACAGACAGUGAGAGAUUGCUGGACGAUCUUCCGAACCGUCGAUUGCCAGACUGGGACUCUCUGCCUGUGUUGGACCUCUGGGCGAACCUGGCUACGAGCGCAGAGCUGAUCAAGCGAGGUCGAGCAUUGCAGGAAAAGCUUAAUCCAUGCCUGCUGAGGAAUAGCAAGAAUGAAGUCAUCUGGGAAGGCCAGGAGAAGGAACUCAAGUGCGCAAAGACUCAACCAUAUUACUCGACUCACACGACACCUAUGCCAAAGACGACAGCGCCGCCGGCGAUCGAAACUAUGUCAAUCUCAGCAAUUAGGAGUGAUCCGAUGAAUCCUGCCAGCAUCAGUACCUAUGAAUCCGUAUCAGCAUAUCCAACCCCUACACCGUCGUCGUCAGCAGAUGAUAGUCAAGACGAUACUGGUCCCUCGCCCAGUCAGCGCAAAUCACCCGUGUCUUCGGCCACACCGUACUAA